GUGAUAUGUCACAGCAGAAAACUGUGAAGUUGGUUGUUGUCAUUCGGUUAUGCUGCUUAUAGCUAUUGCUGAUUGUGAUCAUCUUUGGUAGCCAGUACUAUCACAUGAGCUCCUACCAGCGAUUAUGAGCUACCAGUUGCCUCUAUUAGUUGCAGUCAUACAUUGUUGAAACCUCCUACUUUUGCUGUCACAGUGCUGGUGUGUGUCAUUCUUGAGAAUACAGUAUUGCGAGGAAUAAGCCCUCUGGGGGCCCUUACAGACAUGCAAGUGUUCUGGGCUGUGGCACCCCCAGCAGGCAUUGUGCCCCGCCGUAAGUGAAGGUGGGCCUGAAUAUCCACGUGAGGCCUCCUUACGACAUUUUUCCAUAUGUGGGGUAUCAGACAGUUGCAGCACGCCAGUUGGUUACAAAGCAACAUGAGCCUUUGUUGGCUCCCUCCAGAAGCAACAGCUACGCUGCACGGUUGAGCCCAGACUAGAGAACAGAAGGGCAGACAAGGCUGCAUUAGAAGGGUUAGAUGAAUCGACUCUUGGCGACACGAGCAUGUAUGCGUACAUGGACAGCAAACUGGAUGACAUCCAGGAUACCCUUGACCAGAUACUGAAUGUCGUGCAGGGAAGAGGAGGACCACAUCCCUCCAUACCUGGCGGUCCCGGUGUCCGGCCUCAGGCAACAUCUCGAUCGCCAGUCCCUUCACCGGCGGUGACGGGCCCCUUUGUUCCUCUAUAUGGUGUCCGACCAGGUGGUACGUCAGCAGCAGCAGCACAGACCGUUGCUUCUUCAUCCUCAGAUCCAACUGCUGCAGCUGCAGGGCAGCAGCCGGUCCAGCAACUGGCUCAGCAAGCCGGACAGUCUGGACCACAACAACCUUGGUACCCGAAGACCCCAAUGAAACCCCCGACUGUCUUCACAGGAGACAAGAAGGAUGAGGCCCUCAACACUUGGUUGAGGACGGUUCCUUUGUGGGUGAGGGCCAAGUGUGCUCUGCGAGAGGGAAGAGAAGCGGCGGACAAGUCCAACAGUGGGGAUCAGGAAACAGUUGAUGCAACCAACGGAAGGGAAGAGGAUGAGCAAAAGGAGGAGGAGAAGAGACAGGCGGCGAUUCUGGAAGCGCAGAUCAAUGUCCUCAAGGAUCAGAACAGGGAGCUGGAGAUGGACACUAUAAACCUGCAGAAGAUUGCUUCCUCGUCGCACACGGACAUAAACGCUGCGGCAAAGCUCUACGCGAGACACAACCCGGGCAAGAGAGUCAUCCUUCCCUAUCGCUGGAACAGUGGUAAUUCUGAUUGGGAAGUGGCCAUUCAAAAGUCGCUUGCAUUACUUACAGUAAAGGAAACCCACUGUUCUCAUGAGGUACUCAAGGAGUUGAUCUCUGAGGACCUGCCCAUGAAGGCACAUAUAUUGGGGGACCUCACACAUGACCGGGAGGAAUGGGACGACAAGGCUGGAAGUGGGUCAAUGGUUGACUACAUGCCUAUUAUAAUCAGAUUACAGGAGAAGGAUAGGCUGGCGGAGGAUUUGGUCUGGAUGCCGUGGCAGGUGGUGGACCGUACGGCCUAUAGGGUGGAUCGGAGGCAGCUGAGUGGGUUGCGAGGGGGGCGGCAAUAAGACAAUCUGGAAGUCAAAUCCCGAAGUGUAUCUGCGACAUCGAGGGGUGGGCAAGUGGAUAAGGUUCUUCUUAGACAGGAGUGGAAAGGUGACAGGAUGGUUCCCAGGCAGGAGUCGAAAGGUGACAUGGCAGUCGAUCAGCAAGCAACAGCUGACAAGGGAGUUGAUCUGCAAGCAACCUUUGACAAGGUUCCCGACAAGCAGCAGAAGAGCAUGUUAAAGAGGAAGCUGCAAGAUCUGGCGAGGAAGGUAGAAGAGAUGGAGAGGCAAGUUGUGGAGGUGAUGCGGAUAAGGGCAUUUGUGAAGAACUGUAUUGUCAAUAGGGCUGAAACAUCUGUGUUGCUGCCAGGCAUAAAGGGAGAUAUUGCAAAUGUCAUACUGAAUGGAUGCCCGGGUCGUAAGGAGAAAAAGAACUCAGUGCCGAGAAAGACAGGUCAACAAAAGACUCAAAACCCAGUAAAGUUGGCAAAGGUUAAUAAGGAAAAACGGGAAGCGGCAAGGGAAAAGAGAAUGGCGGAGCUGAUGCAGCGGUGUGGAAACAUAUUGCGAAAGCUUAUGCAUCAUAAGUGGGCAUGGCCUUUCCUGAAGCCAGUGGACGUUGAAGAACUUGGCCUUCAUGAUUACUUUGACGUAAUCAAGCGACCAAUUGACCUAGGAACUAUCCGGGACCACAUGGAUGCCAGAGAUGAUAACCGGUAUAAACAUCCUCAACAGAUUUGUGAUGAUAUACGUCUCGUUUUCGCAAACGCAAUGACCUACAAUCAAGAGGGCACCGACGUGUAUAUUAUGGCAAGAACCCUGUCUGAGCAGUUUGAAGAGAAGUGGAGAACAUCAAUGGAGCCAAAGCUGAAUGAGGAGGCAAGGAAAGUGAAAAAUGAGGAGGCAUUGCAGAAAUUGCGCGAGAUCACAGUAAUGAAUGCGGUUGAAGAAGCUGCUGCUGAUAAGUUUGCUGACGAAGUUGGACGAGAGUUGGAGGUGAUAGACAAGGAACUCGAGGAGCUGUCGGAACUGGCAUCGAGUAACUGCAGGGAAAUGACGGUCAAGCAGAAGCGGCAGCUUGGACAUAACCUGGGGAAGUUGCCUCCAGAGAGGCUAAGUGACGUCAUCCAAAUCAUUGCUCAGAGUAAUCCCCAUUUCAACAUAAAGGGAGAUGAGGUGCAAAUUGACAUCGAUGCGCAGAACCCAGGAACGUUGUGGAGGCUCCACAGAUUUGUCGAGAGGUGUUUAAGACCAUCUCAAGUGGCAGGAGCUGCUGCAGGACGAAUACGCCGUAGUCGCCGACGUCGUAUAUCAAGGAUUGGCUAUGGAGGUCUGGAAACCUUGGAGAAAGGGUGGACUCUAUCGUCGCACGGACGAGGUAUGAGCCAUAGACAGAAGAGGCGGAAAAUCUGUCUGUGGCAGCUCCUCCAGGAAAGUAAUCUGUGACGACUGUGCAUAUCAUCAAAAGCAACG